CCGUUUAAAUUGGGUAUGGUAUAGUUGGACAUGUAAUUCUCUUUGUUAAUAAUGGUUGAAGUAGUUCUCCUAACCUGUCUCAACAUUACAAAGGCUGAUGAAUCUCAAUUGUGGCACUCUAGGUAUGGCCACUUAAAUUUCAAAGGCAUGAAAUUGUUGCAUCAAAAGGGUACGGUGAAGGAGUUGUCUAAGCUUGAAGAGUCAACAAAAGUGUGUAGCGGUUGUAUGGUGGGAAAACAACAAUAUAAUCAUUCCCUAAGGCCAGUUCUUGGAGAGCAACUCAUAAAUGAAAGAUUAUGAUUGAGCUAAAAUCGAGGUCGGAUUUUUUCUAAGAAGGAGGGAAUGAUGAGGACCUAAAAUGAGCUAAUUAGGAGGAUACAUUUUUCUUUUUUUAAUUUCAAGUCAAUAAUUUUUAAUAGUUUUUAGUUUUAUUUGUGUUUAAUUUGAAUUGCAAUAAUUUUAGUUAAGUAGUGUAAAUCUAAUAUGGGUCUAGAGAAUUGUGUUUUGGCCCAUUUUAGGAAUAUGAUAAAUUCUUAUUUAAAU